AAUAUAAAGAAACGCUAGCUUAGUCUUUCCAAAAGUGAGAAUAUAGUAAUAUUAAUCCCUUAUGUUUGACACUCCAGAUGUCCAGAAGGAACCGAACAGCUUUUGACACUCCAGUGGGUGUAGAAGGAACUAAGCAGUGUCCUUUCUUGUGGUGAAGUCACAGCAGCAAGCCCAGAGCAUGGAGUCUUGCACAGAGGAGAUAUCAUAUGUGAGCCAGCAAGAAGCUAUAGAAAUUGAUGAUAUGUUGAUGGGUCCUCUUGGUUUUAGUGUGGAUCAGCUCAUGGAAUUGGCGGGCUUGAGUGUUGCCUCUGCAAUUGGAGAGGUCUAUAGUUCAAGUGACUAUACUCGCGUGCUUGUUAUAUGUGGUCCUGGUAACAAUGGCGGGGAUGGUCUUGUAGCUGCUCGACACUUGCAUCACUUUGGUUAUAAGCCUUCCAUUUGUUAUCCAAAACGAAAUACUAAACCUCUUUUUGCUGCAUUGGUCACCCAGCUUGAAUCACUGUCAAUUCCAUUCCUGUCGGAGGAACAACUAUCCGUGCAACUUUCAAGUGACUAUGAUAUUAUUGUGGAUGCAAUUUUUGGAUUCUCAUUCCAUGGCACCCCAAGGCUACCGUUUGACAGCCUCAUUAGAAAGCUGGUCUCUGUAAGAAACCAGCAGUGCACACAUCAGAAAGCUGCUGUUAUUAUAUCUGUAGAUGUGCCUUCAGGGUGGCAUGUUGAAGACGGAGACAUUUUUGGUGUCGGCAUUAAACCUGAUAUGUUGGUCUCUUUGACUGCUCCAAAAUUGUGCGCCAAAAUGUUUUUUGGCACACAUCAUUUUAUAGGAGGAAGAUUCGUUCCACAGUCUAUCAUAGACAAAUUCAAGUUAAAACCCCCUCCUUAUCCUGGCACUUCCAUGUGUGUUCGAAUUGGAAAUCUUCCACAAACCAAUUUAUCGGCACAAAAAGGAAUAUUUGCAUCUUCUGAAUCACUUGAGGAGGUGGAGGAAGAUCCAAUUUAUCAGUUUCAAAAGUGGUUUAGUAAUGCAUUGGCAGCUGGAAUCAAAGAACCCCAUUAUAUGGUCCUAUCAACAGCUGAUAUAGAUGCAAAACCUUCAUCGCGAAUGAUGUCAUUAGAAGGAGUAAAUAAAGAUGGUUUUGUCUGGCAAACCAACUAUGGGAGCCGAAAAGCUCGUGAAAUUCUUGAAAAUCCUCAAGCAUCACUUCUCUUUUACUGGGGUCCUUUGAAGCGCCAGGUAAGAGUGGAGGGAUUUGUGGAGCAAGUUUCUGAGGAGGAAUCAGAACAAUACUUCUCUAGUCUUUCUCGAGAUAUCCAGAUUAGACCAAUAGUUAGUAAGCAGAGCAGACCGAUUCAUGAAAGAGAGGUUCUCCGUCAACAGUACAGAGAAUUAGAGGAGAAGUACCAUGAUAGAACUUCCAUACCAAGACCCAAACACUGGGGUGGUUACCGGCUUAUUCCAGAGUUUUUCGAGUUUUGGCAGGGAGAGGAAUCUCAGGUGCACCUCAAAUUGCGCUAUUCUAUGGAGGAGAUUGAUGGAAGAAGAGUAUGGAGAAUUCACAGAUUAGUCCCACCAUUAGCAGAAUCAGCAUCUUCAUUGUGACCAGUGGCGGAUCCAGACUUUUAUACAAGCGGGUUUCGAACAUACACUGAAGUCCAAAAAAAUAAUCGACUUGUAAAAGCGAUAUUGAGUUAACAAACAAAUAGGGUUUACCUAGUGCUCUUUAUUUUGGUUCUAACAAAGCGUUAAAAAAAAAAAUUGCCCGUGACUCUUUA